CUUAUAAAAGGGAGUGUGAUCCUCCAUCCUACGCAUCAGUCGUUUCCUAAUCGACCAAGGAGAAAACACUAGCGUGAGAUGAGGUGCUUACCCGUGGUUAUCUUAGCUGUUCUCUUGGUCGCGGUAGAGGGCAAGGUUGUGCCAGCUAGCGAUGUCGAGAAUCAGCAAACUGGCACGCAACCUCUUCAAUUGUCCGACCACAUCAAGGAAGCCCAAAAUGUCAUCAACAACUUGGGCGCUCAGCUUCAGCAGCAGUUAAACUUGCCCAACCAAGAGGAGUUUCUCAAUACCAUCAAAGAGCAAAGCAGCAACUUGGCCAACAAUGUCCAGGCAUAUCUUAAAAACAUGUCCGAUGAGAUCAAAGCUAAGAGCCCUGAGUUGGAAAACCUUUGGACAAAUAUGAAAAACAAGUUGUCCGAAACGUUCGACAAUCUAAAUGUCAAUCCUGAGACGACGGAACAGGUAAAUCAGCUACGUACCAAGUUUCAAGAGGGUGUUCAGACUCUUGUGACCGAAUCGGAGAACGCUGCCAAGACCAUCAGUGAGAAUUCCAGUAAGGUUCAAGAGGGUAUUGCCAAGUUUACCAAGCAAGCGAUCGAUAUUGCUGUCCAGGCUUCGCAGAACCUAAACAAUCAGUUGCAGCAAGCCACGACGCCGCAACCACAAAAUUAAGGAAAUUAAUUUGUUCUUACAUUAAUAGUCUUGCGUGCGAAACAUCUCGAACAAAUUUACACGGAGACAUCAAAUUUCGCCAAGUUAUCCAAUCAGCGUCAUUUCAUGUCGUAUCGUAAGCGUACGAUUGAUAACUGAUAAAUUGGAUUGUUAAUAAAAGUACUUGAUCGUUGUA